UGGGUGGAUUUGUGGGCGCGCUCGCGCACUCUCAGACUAUUUCUUUAGUUUAUGAUGCGCAUCCAGGUUUUUUUUGUGGUUUGACUCAAAAUGUAAAGUGAAGUAUCUCCGCUACACCACAGCGGUUUAUCUUUACGCUCUUUCGCACAUUAGCAGCAUUAGAGGUGCUACAUGGUAACGUUAAUAAACUAAUAAAAAUGUAAAACACGUUUAUUUUCCGCGCGCUCUCCAGACUAAAACCAGUGGAGAGGUAGAAGAAGAUUUAAAAGUUUAAAGAGCGCGACACAGACGGAGCACGAGACAAUGUGGAGCUCUCAUCUGCUGCUCGUUUUUGCUCUCUCCAUGCCUUUCUGCGGCGGAGUUUGUUUCGUGUGUCCGGAUAUCUGUCGUUGUUCACAGAAGAGUAUCACCUGCAACAGUGCCACAGAGACGGGCAAGACCAAGACUCUUAGCAGACUAGCCUUGAACUACAUCUCACUGAAAACCAUCAGCAGUCGCAGCUUCGAUGGCCUGAAAGGAGUUAAAAGAAUUGAAAUCGCCCAGAGCAUCUCGGUGGAAACCAUAGAGAAGGAAGCCUUUAACAACCUUCUGAAUGUCUCUGAGAUCUCAAUUCAAAACACACGGAGCCUGAUUCACAUCCAUCAGCGCGCGUUCAAUCACCUGCCUAAGCUGAGAUAUCUGAGCAUUUCCAACACAGGCAUAACUGUGUUCCCUGACCUGACCUCCAUCUUCUCCCUGGAGUCCCAUUUCAUACUGGAUAUUUGUGAUAAUCUCCACCUUCGUUCAAUCCCACCGAACGCUUUCAUCGGAAUGACAAGUGAAUACACAACAAUGAAUCUCUUUAACAACGGAUUUAGAGAAAUUGAGAGUCAUGCUUUCAAUGGAACGAAAAUAGACAGGCUGGUGUUAAAGAACAACAAAGAUCUACGAAUCAUCCAUGAAGACGCUUUCAAAAUAGCCUUUGGUCCAACUGUACUUGAUGUUUCAUCCACGUCGUUGGAGUCUCUUCCCUCUUAUGGUUUAGAGGAUGUAAUGAUUCUGAUGGCUCGUUCAGCGUUUGCUUUAAAGAGAUUGCCUUCACUAAAGGGAUUGAACAGCCUGAAAGAAGCUCACCUGACCUAUCCAAGCCACUGCUGUGCACUGCUCAGCUGGGACUCCAACAGGGAGAGUUCUGCUAUUGCUGCCUUGAGAAAUGGAUCAUCACAUUGUGGAGACCACGAUUUUUCAGCAAGGAGUUUGACUGACACCGUCUCUGACGGGUUUGUUAUGGUGGACUUUCCGCUUUCAUCCGACAUCGCUGGAUCCAUAUCAGCCGAGGAAACCUUUGGAAGUCUAGACUUUAAUUAUCCAGAGCUAGACUUGUGUCAGCGCCGACCGGCCCUACUUUGCAGUCCUGAGGCGGAUGCCUUUAACCCUUGCGAAGACAUUGCAGGUUUCAGCUUCUUGAGGGUUGCUAUUUGGUUCAUCAAUGUCUUGGCUAUUGUCGGUAACCUGAUCGUAUUGCUUGUGAUAUUUACAAGUCGUUGCAAGCUGAGCGUCCCGAGAUUCCUCAUGUGUCACCUGGCCUUCGCCGACCUCUGCAUCGGCGUGUAUCUUCUCAUGAUCGCCGCCGUGGACCUCAGGACCCGCGGACACUACAGUCAGCACGCUAUCGAGUGGCAGACGGGAGUGGGUUGCGGCAUCGCCGGGUUCCUCUCUGUGUUUGGAGGCGAGUUGUCCAUCUACACGCUGUCCACCAUUACCGUGGAGCGCUGGCAUACCAUCACUCACGCUCUGAGGCUGGAGCGACGUUUGGGGCUGAGUCACGCUUCUGCUAUAAUGGUUGUUGGUUGGCUGCUGUGUCUAGCCAUGGCUCUGUUUCCUCUGAUGGGUGUAAGCAGCUACAGCAAAGUGAGCAUGUGUUUGCCAAUGGACAUCGAGACUCCCUUAUCCCAGGCCUACGUCAUCCUCCUGCUUCUUUUUAACGUCGGAGCGUUUCUGGUGAUUUGCGGCUGCUACAUAUGCAUUUACUCCGCAAUCCGUAACCCAGAGUUCCCUGGUCGGGCCGCGGACACCAAGAUCGCCAAGCGCAUGGCCGUGCUCAUCUUCACCGAUUUUCUGUGCAUGGCACCGAUCUCGUUUUUCGCCAUCUCAGCAGCCUUUAAGGUUCCACUCAUCACUGUGACCAACUCCAAGAUCUUGCUGGUGCUCUUCUACCCCAUCAACUCCUGUGCCAAUCCUUUCCUCUAUGCCAUCUUCACCAGGGCGUUCAGGAAAGACGCUUACAUUUUGCUGAGUUCCAUAGGCUGCUGCGAGAGCAAAGCCAACGUGUACCGGAUGAAGACGUACUGCUCAGAUAACAUCAAUAGGAGCAAAAGCAGUUCUGGUUCAAAUGCGAACUCCAAAGCCCCUCGUGCUGUCGUGUGGAUGUCCACGUUUCCCCAUCUGGGACCGCAAUCCCAGCUGCAAGGAGUCUAGAAGAAAUGUUACAGAGACAUUUCCUGUGACCCUCAUUGGGUCAUGAGACUCGGGAGAAUCUAAUUUAUCACUGUAAUAUAUAUUUUAUGGGACAUUUAAGUGCCAGGUUUUUCUGGUUCCGCCCUUGAACUUUGCUGAGUUUGACUCAGGCAAGAUGAUAGUGUCAUUUUUUUUUCAAAUUUCUAAAAGCAUUGACUUGUAAUUCAGAAGAUGGGCAUUGAAGAUGGAUUUUGAAGAUAGCACCCAAAGCAGCUAUUGUUAAUGGCAUCAAAAAGCAGAUGACGGGCAUAUUAUGUCACAGGUUUUACCAGGUCUUUUAUUGUUCCACUUGUUAUUUGUUAUAAGUGGGAAGCAUCAGUCUAGUCUUACUUUUUUUUUUUAGUAAAGCUAAAUGUGCUGUUCACAUACAUUAACCAUUUUCCUUGUAGUGAGAGAUAUAAUGUACCUGAAUACUGUGUCAUUCCAUGUUAAACUGAAUUUUUUUCAUUUCAAUUUGUUUAUUGUGGAAAGAAUAUCCAUCUCUUCUUUAAGCAGUAUUGUUUUUGUAUGCAGAAAUUUACAUGACAACUUUUUUUAAAUGUUCAAAGAGUAACUUGUUCUGUAACCCAUCACUGAUGUUUACAGAAAAUAUCCCAGUCUGAUUUUUAGUUGUUUUAUAGCUUGAAAGUGCGCCACACUGUGGACAAAGGUGGUAUUUCUGAAGAAUAUUAGUUCCCCUUUCUUUAAAUUCCUCCUCCGUUGUAGUCUUUGGAGUCUAAUAAAAGAUUAAAGCAAAUCUAACCAAA